AUGUCUCAAAUCCCACUUCUUCUUAUGCCCCAAUGGCAAUUACAGAUACUCACUCCGAGUGAUCUUGAACUGCGUUCGGUAUUGCGAGACAUUCAAUGGACCGAACAUGCACGAACCCUAUUGCGACAAGUUCGAUCGGCCGAAGAUGCACAAGCACAGUCGGAGAACAUUGACAUGGAGCUCAACGAAUACCGAGAUGAGUUACUAUUGAAGAAGACCGAGCUGGAGCGACAAGUCAUGACUGAAUUGCAAUUGCUAGUCGAGCAAAUGGAACAGAAAGCAAGAGAAGAACGGGAAUUGAGGAUUAUGAUAGAAGAAAGGUUGGAAUCCGUGAAGAAGAAGACUGGGGUUCUGGAAAUUGAGAGGGAUACAUUGAAGCGGGAUUUAUUGAAGCUGGAAUCGUCCUUCGAGUGA